AUGGACACCCGAUUCCAACCCGAAGGUUUGUCCUUCGACAACAAACCCUCAUCCAACCCCGAUUUCGACCCUACUCAUGGCUCAGACCAAUAUCCUCUUCGGCCAGACCAACAGCAAGGUCCAUACUCUUAUCCAAACACACAACAGCAACCUCAAUACUCUCCUUCGGCUCAGCAGCCAGGCCAGUAUGGACAAUUAUCAGGCCCUCGUGUAGCAACAGGACAACACCAAGCACCGUUUGGCCUACCCACUGGUCCACGAUUGUCAAAUCCCCCGCAAGGACGCAAUUCUCAGGGACCAGUGAACAACCAGACCCGUGCGUCCAAUCCCUUCCCAGCCCCGCUACAGCACGGAAAGCAGCCAGCUCAGUACAUGCCUACAUCGGGUCCUCAACAAGAUCAGUACCAGUCUGGACAGACCACUCGCUCCAGCACCUGGGUACAGACACCAGGUGAUUCAUAUCGAUCCGGUUCUAGGUACUUUCCUGGGUCUGCUGAUGCCUAUAGGUCCUCGAUGGACAAGAAGGAUAGGCCAUCACAACCAGGAAAUCCUUUUCAGGAGCAAUCUUCGUUACCACCACCGUCGGUAUCAACAACGCGAGACUCCAUUGAUAUCGAAAAACAAAAGCAUGAAGACCCAUCUGCUUAUUGGGACAAGCACACAAAGAUUCCAGGCAAGAAAGAUCCCAACCAACCGUAUCUUACCUUUGGCCAGCGCAUUAAACAUUUCACCUGGGCCAAUUAUACUUUGACGAUGGCGACCGGUGGUAUUGCAACGUUGAUAUCAAUCCAGCCACACUCUUUCCCUGGAUUGAUCACAAUCGGUGCUGUAUUCUAUGUUCUCAACAUUGUUCUUUUCACGGCGAUCAGCUUGACGAUGGUCAUCCGCUUUACCAAGUAUGCUGGUACUUUCAAGAGCUCGAUCAUGCAUGAGCGGGAGGGUCUUUUCCUAGGGCCAUUCUUCCUUUCUAUUGCAACUCUUAUUACAUCAACACAAAAGUAUGUCAUUGAAUCAUACGAGAUGGAUCAUCCGAACCGAGAAUGGGCCGUCACGACGAUGUCUGUGGCAUUCUGGGCAUACACAUUUAUUACCUUCUGUCUGGCCAGCUUUCAGUAUUCCUUCCUCUUCUGUGUCCAUACCUACAAGUUGGCCAGCUUCAUGCCAUCAUGGCUGCUGCCAAUCUUCCCGGUCAUGCUUUCAGGAACAAUUGCCUCGGUUAUCGCAAAAGAACAGCCCGUGACUACUAGAAUGCCAAUUCUUGUGGCUGGACUUGGCUGUCAAGGAUUGGGAUUUACGGUGGCCAUAUUGAUGUAUGCCCAUUACAUUGGAAGGCUUAUGCAAGUUGGCUAUCCAGACCGUGAGCACCGUGGGGCCAUGUUCAUCGCCGUCGGCCCACCGUCUUUCACAUGCCUUGCCCUCAUUGGCAUGGCCAACGCCCUCCCGGACAACUUUGAUCUACAGAUGGACGGUCUCAUCGACGCCAAAGUACUUCGCACAAUGGCUCUUGUCGUUGCGCUGUUCCUCUGGGUACUCGCCAUGUGGUUCUUUAUGAUCACGCUUGUUGCAGUUCUCAAUUCAUGGGCAGAUUCGUCAUCGCCACCAUCAGUAUAG